AUUUCUUGAAUUGGACGUGACGGUGCAUUCUCAGCCUUGCGCCAAUCCACCAUAAGCUGCUUUUCAAUUCAACAACUUGACAGCAGCUAUCAUCAUGGCCGACACAAAGAUUCAGGAGCUUCUCACGAAGCCUCGUAACGAAUUGACGGAGUACGAGAUCUCUCUUCUCGAAGAGCACGAGUUCAGCGCAGGUCCUCUAUCCAUCCUCCAAACUGCCGUCCGAUCCCACACCCAGGUGCUCAUCUCCUGCCGCAAUAACCGUAAGCUACUAGCGCGUGUCAAGGCUUUCGACAGACAUUGCAACAUGGUACUUGAGAAUGUGAAGGAGAUGUGGACCGAGACGCCAAAACUUUCCAGUGGCAAGAAGGGCAGACCUGUAAACAAGGACCGUUUCAUCAGCAAGAUGUUUUUGAGAGGAGAUUCGGUUAUUCUAGUUCUACUCAGCUAGAGGGGCGAAAAAGGAACCCGGAUACAUAACCCUAAUUCCAUUACGCGGCAUACACUUCACUAUAUCCAGUGUCUAAAAUAGGUAAACAAAAGGCGCGAGGGUCGAGACGGCAUGCUGAUGCAAUAAUUUGCCGUGUGUCAUGCUCAUUACGAAGGUUAUAGCUUGAUAAAGCAGCCUAUAAUGAUCAGAUUGAGGAGCAGAUAAGGUCAUGGUCAAGGGAUGAAUUAAGGCAAAUGCUACUAAAUCUGAAUACA